GCCGCGGCGCGGAAGGAGCAGGUAGGGGCUGCGCGGCCGCGGGGAACGGCCCGGGGCCCGCGGGGCCGCCGCUCCGGCGCGGGGCUCGGUGUCGGGCGCUGUCGGAGCUGCAGGGCGCGAACAAAGGCGGCGGCGCGGGGCGCGCUCGGCCCCGGGAGCGGGCGGCGGGGCAAACCCCGCCCGGUCCGAAGCACUCGGGGCCGCGGUCGCCGCGUACCGGCGGGUGUUUCUGCCGUCCCUGUUCUUACCGAGAGUCGUAACGGCGUCACGGGAAGUGAAAUACGAAAACACCCGUAAGACUGCCAGCUGCGGUCGUCACAACCGAGUGCUGGAGCUCCUCUCGGUGUAAACUCUGGAUAAUCUGGGUCUGUUCAUAAACCGCUCCUCCAUCACUUUGAAUUUUGUAUCGGCUCUUUACUAAAAUGCCCGAGGGAACCGUAAACCGAAGUCUUCCAGCCCUUCUCCGUAGUUUCGAGUGGCAUCUCUGAAAAGUGGAUGUUCAGGAUAACAUGUCCAAUGUGUCGGAAGAGAGAAGCACUAGACAACAGGACAUUAAGAAAGGACUCCAGUUUAUAGAAUCUACUUUGCCCUAUCCAGGGACGCAAGAACAAUAUGAGUUAUUUAUACAAGAGCUCGUUAGAAAUCUUUUUAAUGAAGGGAAUGAUGUAUAUCGAGAAGGUGAUUGGAGAGGAUCACUGAGUCACUAUACAGAAGCUAUAAACAUCGCUAAUUAUGCUAAUUCUGAAGAAAUCCAAGUUUCUGAUGACAUUUUAGAGAAGCUGCACGUGAACAGGAUAGCAUGCUUUUCAAAUAUGGGUUUGCAUGACAAAGUUCUGGAAGACUGUGAGAUAGCAUUAAGAUUGAAUGAAAACAAUUUCAGAGCCCUCUAUCGAAAAGCAAAAGCUUUGAACGAGCUAGGAAGUUAUAAGAAGGCUUAUGAUGCUGUAGCAAAAUGUUCUCUUGCUGUGCCACAGGAUGAAAGUGUGAUUAAGCUUACCCAAGAUCUAGCUCAAAAACUAGGGUUAAAAAUAAGGAAAGCCUAUGUAAGAGCAAAGCCACCCUCCUCAAAUUUGGUUUCUAGUGAUGUAUCAAUUCAGAAUUCUUCUUCUUCUUCUAUAGAAGAUAUUGAGUUAGAUUUAUCUGACCAGAAGGAAGAGAUUGUUUCUGCUGCUUCUUCGUCAGAUUUUGUUUCUGAAGUGACUAAAGUGUCAUCAGUACCUGUACCAUCUUUAUCUUCCGUUAUGCCUCUUCCAGUGGAAAAGGUGUCUUUGCCUUCUGCAAUGUUGGCAAAUGGAGGCACUGUUUCUUUCUCUAUGCCAGAAGCAUGUUUGGAUUGUGGAGAUGGAGAUAUAAUUAUUGGCGAAGAACUUGAUGAAUUACUUGAUUCUGUGCCUGAUCCAGAUGAAAGUGUAAUGCAAACUACAGGAGGCAGAGGACCUAUUCCUGCUGGAAGUGUAGCUUCUAGCGUACCUUUCUCUGCCUCUUUGUUGGGGACACUGCCUGUUAGUGCGGGAUUUGUUUCUUCACCUUCUCUCUCAGAAAUCUUUUCACAGCCUUUGGCUUCUUCACUGGAAAAUUUUUGCUCACCAUUAAGUACCUUUUCAAUCAGUGACCCAAAAAGAGAACUCUCAAGUUCAUCUUCCAGGGAUGGAACACCAACACUUAGCAGCAAUAAUUCCCCAUUGUUUAUAAAUGGCCCUAGUAGUUUAUUUGCGUCGGAAAAUUACAUGGGAAUUGCAGGCCAAAGUAGAAACGACUUUUCAAAUGUUUUUAGCAGUGCAACUGCUAAUAUACCUGUAUCUUCAGCAUUGGUGGGAAGAAACCCAUUAGAAGGCACACAUGAACUGAGACAGGCCUGCCAGUUAUGCUUUAUCAAAAAAGGUCCCAAAUUACUGGAUUACGCUUACCAUCCCAAUUUAGAACAUAAAUGUAAGAAGGAUAUUCUAAUUGGCAGAAUAAAAAACUCUGAAGAUAAAUCGUGGAAAAAAAUACGUCCAAGACCAACAAAGACACAGUAUGUGGGACCAUAUUAUAUAUGUAAAGAUGUUGCUGCUGAAGAGGAAUGCAGAUAUCCAGGUCACUGUACGUUUGCGUAUUGUCAAGAGGAGAUUGAUGUGUGGACGCUGGAGCGCAAAGGAGCCUUUAGUCGAGAAACUCUUUUUGGAGGAAAUGGAAAGAUCAAUUUGACUGUUUCUCGACUUCUUCAAGAACAUCAUGGAUUAUUUAUGUUUCUUUGUGAGAAAUGUUUUGAUCACAAACCCAGAAUAAUAAGCAAAAGGAACAAGGAUAACUCGUCAUCUUGUUCUCACCCUGCUAUGCAUGACUUUGAAGAUAACAAGUGCCUUGUCCACAUUUUGCGAGAAACUAUGGUGAAAUAUUCCAAAAUCCGCCCUUUUCAAGUUCGAUGUCAGCUUGACCUGUGCAGACAUGAGGUACAUUAUGGCUGCUUACGAGAGGAUAAAUGCUUUUAUGCUCACAGUCUGGUAGAGCUUAAAGUCUGGAUAAUGCAAAAGGAAACAGGUAUUUCACAUGAUACUAUCGUUCAAGAAUCAAAGAAAUACUGGCAGAACAUGGAAGCUAGUGCACAUGGAUCACAGAUCCUUGGGAACCAAAUGAAAUAUGGAUCACUUAAUUUGAAGAUGAAGUUUGUUUGUGGUCAGUGCUGGAGAAAUGGUCAAGUUAAUGAGCCAGACAGAAACAGAAAAUACUGUAGUGCUAAGGCAAGACACCCAUGGACCAAAGAUCGCCGUGUGGUGCUAGUAAUGUCUAAUGAACGUAAAAAGUGGAUGACCAUUCGUCCUCUUCCUGCGAAGAAACAAGUGCCUCUGCAAUUUGAUUUGUGCAAUCAUAUUGCUUCAGGCAAGAAAUGUCAGUAUGAUGGAAACUGCUCAUUUGCUCACAGUCCUGAGGAGAGAGAGAUGUGGACCUAUAUGAAGGAGAAUAGCAUUCAAGACUUGGAGCAGUUGUAUGACAUAUGGCUAAAAAGUCAAAAACCAGAAAAAGGAGAUGAUACAGCUGCUCAGGGAAACAAAGAAAAUGGGAAGCAAAUCCACAUGCCAACUGACUAUGCUGAAGUUACAGUGGAUUUUCACUGUUGGAUGUGUGGGAAGAACUGUAAUAGUGAAAAGCAAUGGCAAGGUCACAUUUCUUCUGAAAAGCAUAAAGAGAAGGUUUUUCACACUGAGGAUGAUCAAAACUGCUGGCAGUAUCGCUUUCCAACUGGAUAUUUUAGCAUUUGUGAUAGAUAUAUGGCUGGUACUUGCACUGAAGGGAACAACUGUAAAUUUGCCCAUGGAAAUGCUGAACUCCAUGAGUGGGAAGAACGAAGACAAGUUUUAAGAAUGAAGCUCAGCAAAGCAAGAAAAGAUCACUUGAUUGCUCCCAGUGAUAAUGACUUUGGAAAAUAUAGUUUUUUGUUUAAAGAUUUAAACUAAUACUGAGAUGACACAUACAUGUUAUCAGGUGGAAGCAUAAACCAGAAAAUUUGACAAUAAUAAAAAGCAUGUGACAGAAAAGCUGCAGGUUCUCUGCUUUUAUUGGCAAAUAUUGUUCCUCCUGAACAGCAAAAUAUAGUAGAUUUAGGGGGAUUGAGCAGACCUGUCUAUGCUCUCAUGAAACAGAACGGUGAUUAAAAAAAAUCUGAGGUAUUAUGUGCUUACUCACCUUCUGUUGGACAGAAAGUUAGGAAAUAGAAGAGGGGGAAGAGAGGUUAUAAUGUCUAGCAAGCCCCCUAGUAUCAGUCCUUCAGCUGAAAAACUUUUAACGUAUCAAGGUAUUACAAAACUGUGUUACGGGCUAAGAAGAAAAUGAUGGAUGAAAAUUCUUCAGAUCUUUUAAUGGAGAGGAUUUGUUUAAAACAAAGUUUGCUACUUAUCUAUAUGUAGGUUGCUAAAAAGGAUUUUCUUAUCAAAGAUUUUAAACAAAAUAACCAUUUAACAGCAAUAUAUGUUGAAUGGGUAUUUUCUCUAUUUGUAUGUUUCAAUAUAAUUUACUGAAAAAGGAUCUUGGGAAGAAAAAAUGUAUUAAUUUUUGAAAAUGAAGUAGUGAAAAUUCUGUUUCUUGGUCUUUGCUGUUUAAAUGAUUUUGAAAGAUUACACUUGUAUGUCAGUAUUGUGUAUUAUUGUAUGGACUAAUAUUGCCUGUAAUAAAGAGAACUUUACACAAAGCUGUUUUCUGCAUGUAGCCUCUCAGGAUUGAGAUUUUGUAAAAAAAACCAAUGAUUUGCCUCUUAGCAAAAGCUUGAGCACCUGUAGCUAAAAUUGUGAUAAGUUGGUAUUUGUGUCUCCAGCUGCUUGUUAGCGGUUUUCUGUAUUGUCGUUAAUUCUUUGCAUCACUGAAACAACAAAAAUGACCAAUCUAACUCUGGAAGCAGACAGGCUGUGUUUUCAGCCCUGUGACUGGCACCCUCUCAGCUGCUGAGUGAGUGUUUUUUCUAGUUGCAUUUCCUGCAGACCACAGGAAAUGGAAAACCCUUCCUGGCUGAGGUGAUUUCUGACUGACGUGCCUUCCGGCUUGACAGUGGCUGUAGCUUCUGUUGCAUUUUGGCUUCUCUGCAGAUUGUGCUUUCUUUGUAAGUUCACUUAAUUUUUGGUUGUUUUCUUUUUUUUACCCUAAGCUGCUUUCAGUCAUUCAUUCAAAACAGGUAAAACUAAGUUUCUCUCCCCCCCCUCCAUGGUCUGCUUCUCCCUCCUCCUGUAUUUUUCUCUGUUACUGGCUGACCUUAUGUCAUUAGAAGAGCUUUAAGAAUGAGACUGGUAGUUUGAAUGUAGUCAUAGGCCAUCUGUCGUGUAUGUAAGAGGUGUUGAACCAAAGUUCAAAGCGAUGCCCAUGCACACAGCAAGCCUGGAGGCCGCGUCCCUUUCCGUUCACAAAAUACAAGCACAACGCGUGUGAGAACAUGGGCUGAUACUUUGGCCAAGGCUCCGGGAGCACCUUCCAGGCUGGGCUGAGGUACAUCGAGCUGGCGUGUGGUGGAUGCACCAAGUUAGCUUGGUGCAGGAAAUGUCACCUGAUUAUUUACAUUGUUUGUAACGCACUGAGCUUGAACUGGGGGCGACGAGCACUUGUUUCUGUGAUAAAGCCUGACUGUAUCGUGUGCCUUUCGGAAUUGUUUUCUGAAUUCUAAUGCUGUCAUUGUUCAGUGUAAGUGCUCUGUACAUAUUGGAACUAACUCUAGACAGUACUAAACAUGUAAUCCU